AUGGCCUCUGAGACCCCCUCUGAACGGCCUCUUCUCAGAGGUGGAGUGGAAAGAGGAGCCAGGCAGCUUCCUCAGGUAGGGAAAGAGCAACGGGAGCAGGGAGGAGGGAAGAGGCACAGAUGGGACCACCCAGCCUCCCUCUGUGUUGAGUGGGGAUGAUGGGGAUCUAAGAGCAGCUCUGUUUUCUUCCUCUUCUUCUUCCAGGCCCUCUUGACCUUUGAUGAGGUGGCUGUGUUUUUCACGGAGGAGGAGUGGGCUCUGCUGGAUCCUGGCCAACAAGCUCUGCACACGGAAGUCAUGCAGGAGAAUUAUGAGAUGGUGGCCUCUCUAGGUAAGGGCAGAUUUGUCUUGGCUGCUAGACAUUGAAAGGGUGAAUCUCCUGUUUGAGCCAUUUCGUGCCGUGUCUUCUUCUUUGGUGAGUCGAAUAAGAUUGUCUUCCAUGAACAUGGUCUUAACAGUAUGUCCGUGACUGUAGAGUCCAAUUCUGGAUGUACACAUUAUUCCACAGUGGGGACAUAGGUUUCCAGGCAGGAGUUAAUUACAGUGAGGGUUUGCCAAACGUACAUUCCUCUUAGCUUGUUUCUCCCUUUCAUCCAGUGUGGUGUAGUGGUUAAAAGCAGUGGACUUGUAAUCUGGUGAACCGGGUUCGUGUCUCCGCACCUCCACAUGCAGCUGCUGGGUGACCUUGGGCCAGUCACACUUCUUUGAAUUCUCUCAGCCCCACUCACCUCACAGAGUGUUGUGGGGGAGGAAGGGAAAGGAGAAUGUUAGCCACUUUGAGACUCCUUUGGGUAGUGAUAAAGUGGGAUAUCAAAUCCAAACUCUUCUUCUUCUUCCUGAGUUUGUACUUCUUCAAAGUCCAUGGCGCCUUGGUAAUGACUAUUCUGCAAUUGGAUGAUGAUGAUGAUGAUGAUAAUUUAUUCAUUUCCCGCCCAUCUGCCCGGGUUUCCCCAGCCACUCUGGGCAGCUUCCAACAAAAUAUUAAAAAUAGAAUCAAACAUUAAAAACUUCCCUAAACAGGGCUGCCUUCAGACGACUUCUAAAAGUCAGAUAGUUGUUUAUUUCCUUGACAUCUGAUGGGAGGGCGUUCGACUGGGCGGGUAUUGCUACUGAGAAGGCCCUCUGCCUGGUUCCCUGUAACCUCACAUCUCACAGUGAGGGAGCACUCGCAGGCCAGUGUUUCCCAAUUUCCUUUGCUUAUACUGCAUUUUUAAGAUUUGCCUUGGGAGCAUCUUUAAACCUCUCUUGUUGUCCACCACUAUAUCAAUUUCCAUUCUUAAAGUGGGAAUAGAGUGGUUUCUUUGGAAGAUGAUAAUCAGGCAUCUGAACAACAUGACCAGUCCAACGAAGUUGAUGUUGAAGAUUGUACUUUAUAGCAACACUAUACUUUUGUCAGUAGGUAACUCUUCAUAAGUUGAUAUUGUGGAAUGAAUUCACAAAAAACCCUAUGUAUAAUAUACAAAGAAGGGCCCAUCUUCUCCAGCAUCCUGGUGCAGGUUUAGGUGAUGUGUGUUAGAAUGCCUACUGCGAGAUUGCAGUCAUGGGAUUGUUGUCUAUCACAUGAUGGUAUAUGUUUUGACUCCACAGAGUGGGAAGUGACAGAGACAGAAUGUUUGUGUUACUGUGUUCUGUGAAGUGGGACUAUUGUCCUUUGUUCUUUUUCUCUUUGCCGUCUGAUGCUAGAGAGAGAAGGAGCCAUGUUGCAGUGCUCCGUGUGUGUUUAUAUGUAAAUAAAGUAGAUUAGCCAACAUACUGAGUUGCUGGGUUUCUGUCACAAGCGGCGCAAACUCUGUGGAUCUCGAAGUAUGCCGGUGUCAGUUGGCAUCGGUCACUGUGAUAUUCGGGCUGAAGAAAGCUUACGAAGCUCCCGAACAAUCAACCAGGAGGGAGAGAACAUGCCAGUCAGGCAUGUGUCUCUGGCAGGGUCCUACUCGAGUGUAGGCUGAACUCCUGACAAUGUGUACAGCUGGUUGGAAUGUAUCAGCAAGAUAUUACAGAUCAGGGAGGAAGGAGAAAACUGAAUACAGAGGCGUAGCAUUUUCACAGGAGUAGGAAGAUGGAAAAAGUGUGUCCCUUCAGAUGUUGCUGCACUACAACUCCCAUCAUCCCUGGUCAUUGGCCAUCUUUACUUGGGUUGAUGAGUCCAACCACAUCUUGAGGGCCAUAGAUGCCUCACCUCAGCAUAGAAGGUUUCUCUUGGUGCUCAGUGUUACAUGGGAUUUGAACUGCAUACUAAGAGUUCUGGAGAUUAUUUUCAGAUUUCCUUUCCUAAAAAUGUGGUGCAUGGGAGAGGGAGGAAUACUGGACUUGUUAAAAUAAGAGAAAGUGCUGAUUGGUCUUGCUGUGUGUUAAUAUCUCUAAUAUUUUCUUCCUUGAAUACCUAACAAUAUUUUCUUUUCCCCAACUUUCAACCAGGUGAUGGAGAAGACAACCAGAAUUAUGAGGGGCCAUCUGUGAAGUACUUCAUUGUGAGUGAACACCAUAGCACACAUCUACAAACUAACACAGGGGAGAAACCCUUUAGUUGUACGGAGUGUGGAAAGAGUUUCAGGCAGUCUUCACACCUUACUAAACAUCUACGAAUUCACACAGGGGAGAAACCAUUUAGGUGUAUGGAGUGUGGGAAGGGCUUCAAUCACAGGGGAAGCCUUAAAUACCAUCAACGAACUCAUACAGGGGAGAAACCUUUUAAAUGUAUGGAGUGUGGGAAGGGUUUCAGUGAAGGUGGAAAACUUACAAGACAUCACCAAACUCACACUGGGGAGAAACCCUUUAGUUGUACGGAGUGUGGAAAGAGCUUCAGUCACAAUGGAACACUUAUUGUACAUCUACGAACUCACACAGGGGAGAAACCCUUUAGAUGUAUGGAGUGUGGAAAGAGCUUCAAGCAGAAUGGAAACCUUACCCAACAUCAACAAACUCACACAGGGGAGAAACCCUUUAGUUGUACGGAGUGUGGAAAGAGCUUCAGGCAGUGUUCACACCUUACUAAACAUCAACGAACUCACACAGGGGAGAAACCCUUUAGAUGUAUGGAGUGUGGAAAGAGCUUCAGUCAGAGUGGAAACCUUAAAUACCAUCAACGAACUCAUACAGGUGAGAAACCUUUUAAAUGUAUGGAGUGUGGGGAGGGUUUCAGUGAAGGUGGAAAACUUACAAGACAUCACCAAACUCACACUGGGGAGAAACCCUUUAGUUGUACAGAGUGUGGAAAGAGCUUCAGUCACAAUGGAACACUUAUUGUACAUCUACAAACUCACACAGGGGAGAAACCCUUUAGAUGUAUGGAGUGUGGAAAGAGCUUCAAGCAGAAUGGAAACCUUACCCAACAUCAACAAACUCACACAGGGGAGAAACCAUAUGAGUGUAUGGAUUGUGGAAAGUGCUUCAGUAGCAGUGUAACUCUUAGAAAACAUCAACAAUCUCACAGGGAAGCAACAGUUUAA